UCGUAGUCUAGUCGAACGCAGUCUGACAGUUCGUGUGAGGUUAAUGGUCGACUCGCUCGAAAUAGUUUUGAUUUUGAUAAAUAUUUGUAUUCAAAAUUCUUCUCAAUCAUGUAGAUUUGCAACGUGAAACAGUUAUAUCCUUUCCAUUUCAAUAUUAUGUUGAUCAAUAGUACCGGUGACAGGAAGUUAGCAAGGAAAUAUUGUAAAUAUAUGAUGUUUCUUUGUCAUGAGAAUAGUUUUUCUAAUACUUAUCGAUCGAUUACGAAAGAGCAUUUAGCUUGUUUUAUUAAACAGUGUGACUGAUUUUAAUUAAAAUAGCUAGAGUAUACGAUCUAUAUUUGCAUGAGUCUUUCUCGGCCGUAAUAAAGACGCGUUAACGAUCUACGCUAACGUGUUAUGUGUGAAGUGUUUACUCAACCCGAUCUAUUCACAGCCAGUUACAUUUGCUUAAAAAAGCCAUAAAGUUAAAGCGGAGAUUUGAUGUCGCUACUUGGAAAGAGAUAAGGAGAGGUGUGUCUAUGUGUAGCUCCUGAGGUCACUUCCAUGUAUUGUUGCUCUUUUCUUUCACGUUUGGGCGUCGGGAUGGCGAGCAUGAGUUCGACGCUCGUCGAGACCGUCUCUAUAAACUACGAGGACUUUAACGAGAGCUUCCUUACCUGCGGCACAUGUUUAUGCACUUACGACGGCGGUGAACACACGCCUAAGCUUCUCCAAUGCUCACACACAGUCUGCUUACAUUGCCUCACUCGAAUAGCCGCCUCACAGACCAGAGACGCUGGUAGCUUUCGAUGUCCCAUCUGCCGCGAACUCAUAACUAUACCGAGAGGCGGGGUUCAAGCGUUACCACCAUCGUUCCUCGUCAAUCAGCUCCUAGAUUUAAUGGCCCGACAGAGAAGAGAAGUCAUUCCACAGUGCAGUUCUCAUCCUGGUCGCGAGCUGCUCUUUUGUGAGACAUGCGACUGCGUUUUCUGUCGACAUUGUGCUGACGGGCCACAUAGCGACACGCCUUGCGACCACACUGUAGUACCAUUCUCUAUAGCGUUAAAAAGAAUGUCGGAAAUUCUACUAUAUAGAGCGAAUGAGUGUUUAAGUAAGCUUGGUUCAGCAAGAGAUGCUGUGGCCAGUGAGUUGAGGAGGUUAGAGGCUGCGGCCACUGCAGCUGAUGACGCUAUAGACAGGCAUUUUAACGAGUUGAAGGCUGCCUUAGAUAAACGACAUAGCGAACUGAAGUCGGCGGCGUCGGCCGCUGCCACACAUAAGCGGAAGUUACUUGAAGAACAGUUAAAGUUAAUAGACGCUGAGAAAACCAAGGUGGAGGCAGAAUGUUCCGGCCUCCAACAACAAGUGGAAGUUCGCGAAGUAAGCAGCAGAGCGGCAGCAUUAGGCGCACGCCUAGGAGACGCGGCGGCGCUCGCCGAGCCCCGCGAAAACGCUUUCUUGGCUGUGGACUUCGCCCACAACGAUGCUCAGCAGAGAUUCGCGGAAGCACUGGCAGAACUUGGGAGAGUAAGGACCAGUACGACCUUUCCUGGCCUGUGUACUUUGCAAUUAGAAUCAGGGUGUGUUUGUGGUCUGGAAGUGAGCGUGAUUCUCCGCACGGUGGAUUACCAUGGCGAGGCGCGCAGCACGGGCGGCGACCCCGUCAGCGCGGCCGCCACUUUGGACGACGCGCCUCUACCCUGCACCGUCACAGAUCUCGACUCUGGUCACUACAGGAUCACGUUGCGGCCUUGGGCCCCGGGCGCGCUGACGGUGCUGGUGCUGGUGUUCUCGCGGCCGGUGCGGGAGUCGCCGCUGCGCGCGGACGUGGCGGCCGCGGCGGCGCCGCUGCUGCUGUGGGGCGCGCGCGGCGCCGGCAAGGAGCAGCUCAGCCAGCCCGUGGCCGUGGCCAGAUGUCCGAAGCGACGUGAGAUCUACGUGCUGGACGCGGGAAACUCGCGCGUGAUGGUGCUGGACGAAGAAACUUUCGCCUUCAAGUCGCACAUCGUCAAUGAAGGUUUAGCAGGGCGCAGUUGUACAGGGAUCGCAGUUACGGCUGACGGCAUAGUCGCCGUCAACUGGCGAACAAGGACACUCACUGAGGUGAGCGUAGAGGGUUCAACUCUGCGUACGAUCAAGUCGGAUCGUCUAGUGGAGCCAGUGUGCGUGGCGUGCGACCCGAAUGGUCGACGACUAGCCGUCGGCGACAACGGCGCGCGAUGCGUGUUUGUGUUCGACGCUCGUGGGGUGAUAGAGCGAGAGGUGGGCGGCGGGUCGCUGGGGCUGGUGGGCGGGCUGGCGCUGGCGGGCGACGUGCUGGUGGUGGCGGACGCGGCCGUGCGCGUCUACGACAACAGCGGCGCGCUGCAGGCCACGCUCGCGCCCGUGCCCAAAGGUCGCGGCGGCUACGGCGGCGUAGCGCUGGAAGAAUCAGAAUCAGGCCGCCACAUAGUAUGCAUACGUUCAGCACGCGGCCGCCCCGCGCUGCUAGUGCUGGAGGCGAACGGCGGCCGUAUUCUGGCGGCUUGCGAGCUAGCUGACAAGAAGCCUAGGCGGGUCGCUGGGCUGACGCUGCUGCCUAACAAGAGGGUUCUGUUGGCGGAUCUGGCAGGGAACUGUCUGAGGCUGCAUACUUACUGGUGA